AUGGAUAUAGCCCUCGAUCUCUUAGACCCUUUGAUAUUCGACAAAACCUACGCAUACCUCGUUCCAGCGACAUCUUCCAAUACCACAGCCAGUGCAGGCCUGGGCCUGAAGCCAUUCUCAUCGCCCAUUUCGGCAUGGCCACGGGAUAGCAUACUGCGACAAUGCAUCUCAAUCCUCGCGAUCACGCAGGUUGGCGCUUGUCUUCUCUACUGGUUCUUUAGUGCUAUUUCGUACUUCCUGAUUUUCGAUCGACGUCUUGAAUACCACCCUCGUUUCCUCAAGAACCAAGUCCGGCAGGAGAUGAUAUCGUCGAUGAAGGCUGUGCCGUGGAUCAACAUCUUUACACUACCAUUUUUCCUGGCUGAGGUCCGGGGCAAGAGCAUGUUGUAUGAUAGGGUAGAUGAGUACGGCUGGGCGUGGAUGGGAGCCUCAACUCUGUUGUUCAUGAUAUGGAAUGACUUCCUCAUCUACUGGAUUCACAGACUCGAGCAUCACCCCAGUGUUUAUAAAUACAUUCAUAAGCCCCAUCACAAAUGGAUCGUACCGACCCCAUGGGCGGCGCUUGCGUUCCACCCCCUUGAUGGAUAUGUUCAGUCUUUGCCGUACCAUAUCUUCGUUUUUAUCUUCCCCGUGCAAAAGUACCUUUACAUAACACUCUUUGCUCUCGUGCAGAUUUGGACAAUUCUGAUUCACGAUGGCGACAUGAUAUCGGGCCACUGGCUUGAAAAGUAUAUAAAUAGUCCCGCUCACCACACCCUUCACCACAUGUACUUUACCGUCAACUACGGCCAGUACUUCACCUGGGCUGAUAGUUACUUCCAUUCGCAUCGAGCACCAUGCCCUGAGCUGGACCCGCUUCACGAUGCUCUCCGUGUCAUGCGCGAAAAGGGGCUUGUGGAUGAGAAUGGUAACCCAAUUCCCAAUAAGAACAAGAAGGAGUAG